GCCUUUUAGAGAGAGAAAAAUUUUGAGGAAAGCCGAGGGAGAAAGUGAGAAACUGUCAAAGGUUCUUUCUUCUUGUUUUGACUCUGAAAUUUUCAACUCAGAUCUAUUCCGGGUCUUCUGUUUUUGUUCAAUUAUUGUCGUUUCUUUUAGAUUUCUUGUCGUGUUGCAACAAGCGCUCUAUUUGGUGUUCUUGUUUGUCAGGAAGAUUUCAUAAGCGUCAGUUUUGAGUAUUCCUAUGAAUAGAUCACUCCGUACCUUGUUUUUCAGAAAAUAGAAACAUCAUUAUUAGUAUUUUGUUCCUAAAUCUUUGUAAACGAGUCUCAAAAAUCCCAGUUGCCUUAAUAUUUUAUUUCUCGAUAUUCAUUUUAAAACCUUGGAAUAUCUACCCAGUCCUCUAAAGACCCAGCUCAUUCAUAUGGGGAUUCUCUAAUCCAUUCCCCAAGAUUUUAGUUCUUUUAACAAUCCAAUUUUCUAUAGAAGCCUUUCGCUUUCAAUCAAAUUUGAUUUUUGGGUUGGGUUCUGCUUUUUGUGAAAAUGGGCUGUGCAUCUUCGAAGGAAAAAGUGUGCCAGAAUUGUCAGGGACCUUAUUCUCCGGUCAGGCGGAGCUACUCAAUGCACGUACACCACCUGCCUCAAGAAACAGUGGAUAGCUACCACUUGGUGGCUCUUACUUCCUCCACUUUAGGUUCUUUGAAGCUAGAUGAUCCAUUGACUCAAAGUCCUAGUAUUGAUUACAAGGAUCUGUUGAUUCAGAAUCAUUGUUCCAUCGUAGAAACUCCGGUUGAAAAUAAGGAAAUCGAUAAAGCAAAGGUGGUGAAAGAGGACUUCGCAAUGGGAAUGAUCGAGGCCAAGACUUGGUCUAAAAUGACCAACGAGAAAAUCCCAAAGAUUGUUCCCAUAACGCCCAUUUGGACGCCUCCCGGCGAGCCAGAAUUGAUCAAUGUUUGGGAGUUGAUGGAGGGUCUUGAUGACAUUAGUCCUCUUAGACCUUCACGUCAUCUUCGUGGCUUUUCCUUUCAUGCAUCUCAGAAUCCAAGUUUAUCUUCUCUAGACGAGCAACCAACGCCUAGAGCGAAAGAAAAUGGCGAAGCGUCGCCUAAGCCUUUGUGGCUCGAAAUGGCUGAUAAUGAUUCGUGUUCGAAUGAUGCAUCUAUUGUCUCUGAAUUUGAUCCUGAAGUGAUUGCCACUUUCAGAAGCGCACUCGAAGAGGAUCUCCCUCUGGCCAGUCCAGUUUAUCUCAAGGAUGAGGCCUUGGUGAAUAAGAUUGCGCCACGUGGUACAGACAAGUUGAUAGUGUAUUUCACAAGCCUAAGAGGGGUGAGGAAGACGUACGAGGAUUGUUGUCAUGUUAGAGUGAUUCUUAAAGGGUUAGGUGUUAAGGUUGAUGAGAGGGAUGUAUCAAUGCAUUCUGGGUUCAAGGAAGAGUUGAAGGACUUAUUGGGAGAAGGAUUCAAUGCUGGUGGCCUGCCGCGAGUUUUCUUGGGGAGAAAACACAUUGGCGGGGCUGAGGAAAUACGCCGGCUGAAUGAGGAUGGAAAGCUUGAGAAAGUGGUCAAAAGUUGUCAACUCGUGGGCGAUGGUGGUGAAGGUGGAGGAUACAGUGGUGGAGUUUGUGAAGCAUGUGGAGAUGUUCGAUUUGUGCCAUGUGAAACAUGUUCAGGGAGUUGUAAAAUCUAUCAUGAGGAUGAUUACAACUAUGAAGAACACGGCGAGAGUAAGAACGAACAUGGCUUUCAUCGGUGCCACGAUUGUAAUGAAAAUGGACUUAUACGAUGUCCAAUAUGUUGUGAUUAAGUUUGAUUGUUUCUUGUAUAGUGAGAGUUUAUUUUAUUUUACUAACGUCAAUGAUUUGUUUUAAAUAAGCUCAUGUCUGUGUUAGAAGUCAAUCUUUAUUACAAAAAAUGUUACUCAAUUGUUAUC